AUGGCGAUGUACGACGGCGCAGCAGCGUCACCGGCACAGGUUUGCAGGGAGGUACAAACUCUUUUGCUUAGCAUAUCUCAGGUUCGUCCUUUCGUCCAGGUGGCACGGGAUGAUAGGGAGCUGGCCCACUUGGGUAUAUUACUUCGCAUGGAACGGAGGAAGUCCGUGCUGCCCCGCUGGAUUGCAUGGUUGCGGCCGCCUAUCGGGUGUAUCAGGUUAAAUAUUGAUGGCUCUUCUUUAGGGAAUCCAGGACUCUCUGGAGCAGGAGCGAUUUUUCGUGAUUCAGGUGGUAACAUCCUUUGUGGCUUCUCGUGGUUUUUGGGAUCCCGGACAAACAUGGAAGCGGAGGCCAUGGCAUUACUGGAGGGUUUGUUACUCUCCGCUACUUUUCAUUCUUUGCACGUUGAAAUGGAUUCUUAG